AUGAGCGCCGCACCAGCAUCUCCAGCAAAGAAAGUCAAGAAGGCAAGCAAGCCUAAGGUUCCCGCUGCCCACCCUCCAUAUGCCAAUAUGGUAGCUGCAGCUAUCGGAGCCCUGAAGGAGAGGAAAGGCUCGUCAAAAGUCGCCAUCGUCAAAUAUAUUAUGGCCAACUACAAAGUUGGUGAUGACUCGAGCAAGGUUAGUUCCCGAGUGAAAGUUGCUCUGAAAAGCAGCGUUUCGAAGGGUUCUGUGAAGCAAGUGAAAGGCGUUGGAGCCUCCGGCUCAUUCCGACUUGGAGAGAAACCAAAGGCCGAAAAGAAACCAAAAGCUAAGAAAGUGAAGAAGCCAAAGAAGGCCACAGCUACUAAACCAAAGAAGGCAUCAGGCGAGAAGAAAGCAAAAAGCCCAAAGAAAGCCGCUAAGAAGCCAGCAGCUAAGAAACCUGCCUCCAAGCCGAAGAAGGCCAAGUCUCCAAAGAAGCCUGCAGCCAAGAAGCCUGCAGCCAAGAAACCAGCAGCAAAGAAGCCCGCAGCUAAGAAACCAGCAGCAAAGAAAUCCGCCAAAAAGUAA